AUGGGGUGGUUUCUUGUAACUCUUUACUCAACGCUCCUCCUUAUCGACCCAGCCCUGCUCAGCCUGUCAACUGGACUUCCACAUGAAGGAAAAUCGGCAGAACUCUUCACGCUGCCUGAUUUGAAUGGCCCUCCAGUUUCAUCGCAAGGUGCGAACGACCGCCCGGCCCCUUGGUUUGAUUUGAACGAACCUCCAGUCGAUGAAUGUCCAAUGGAGGAUCUUCCGCCCUCACAAAGAACCGCAUCUUCCUCACUUUUGCCGACGAUUGCCACUCCCUCACAAGGAGGCGCAUCUUCCUCACUUUCGCCGACGAUUGCCACUCCCUCACAAGGAACCUCAUCUUCCCCACUCUCGCCGACGAUUGCCACUCCCUCUGCCACUCUUUUGCAAAAUCCUGUGGGUCAGCUACCAGGUCGCACCAGAGAUUAUUUACCACGUGCUGCCAAGCGCAGGAAACUUCUCGCUAGCCUUACACCGUCUGACCAUACCUUGUCUGGCUACACUUCGCCUGGCCAUGCUUCGUCUGCCCAUGCUUCGUCUGACCAUGCUUCGUCUGACCAUGCUUCGUCUGACCAUGCUUCGUCUGACCAUGCUAUGUCUGACGAUGCUUCCUCUGGCUACACGUCCUCUGAUACCGGCAACAGUGACGAAAUGACAUAA